AUGGACCCCGUGGACACCGUUGAGGCAGUAGCGUCGACUCUCACGUCGUCUUUGGCGUUGGAGUACCUUCCUCCAGCCAAGGACUCGGUUUCCUCAAUCACCUUUUUCACCGCAUCUCUAUGGUAUUGGCUGUGGGUGUUCUUCAAGAUCAUGAACUAUGUGGUGGUGAUCAUCCCGACAAUAGUGUUGAACAUGCUUCAGAUGAGCUUUCAAAUCACCUUGUCCCUUCUGUCUAUAUUGAUAGGCUUGGUAGUCACUGUGUCUUUGUGCUACUUUAUUGUGAGACAUAAGUAUCUUACACGCUACUCGAAGGACACUCUUCCGCCUAAACAGGAAAACCUUGGGCACAACACCCGGGGCAUCGAUUACGUGACAGAGCUGCGCAAAAGAAGAGGCAAUGAUAGGUCUAAGACGUACUUGGAUGAGUUUCUAAGUGCCAUCAAGGUGUUUGGGUACCUUGAGCGGCCCGUGUUUCAUGAAUUGACCAAGAACAUGACUACGCAGCGUCUUGAGGCAGACGAAAUAUUGUAUUUGGAUGAGAAGUUGGGCUUCUCGAUCGUGGUGGAGGGAACUGUUCAGGUGUACACUAAAAUGCAAGAUAAACACGGUGCUCAUUUUGAGUUUGACGAGGACAAUGAUAAGGCUGAUAAGGACGAUAUCUUGAUCAUCAGGGGCCAGCACUAUCAGCUCCUCAAUGAGGUCAAGAGUGGGUCUGCUCUCUCGUCUUUGUUGAGUACUUUGGACCUUUUUCAUACGAGAAACACUGCAAUUUCCUCGCCAGCAUUUGGCCCCCCACUGUCUCAACUGAGACGAGCAAAUAUUGCCCGUCCCAAGCCAAUGUUGCAUAGCCGGUUCAACUCGAGACACUCGAGUACCUCUACCCCAAUUGAGCCACUCUCAUUAAGCCCAGAUCGUUCUACGAGUCCUCUGCAAGGUAAGCCCGACGAUCUGCGCAACUAUUUCAAUUCUCCUCGUAUCAACGCCACGCAGCAACCUCUGGGCGAGUCUACCGUGGGAACUCCUUUAGAACAUGGCAGCUUCCCUAUCUACGAUGAAUUGCCCGAGGUUGUUGCGAGACCAAAGCCGCUGACUUCUAAUAACGGUUACCCAUCCACAGCAACAAUUGCAAUAAUUCCCGGGCUGGCAUUUCAGAGAGUGCAAACUAGAUAUCCUAAGGCGACUUCGCACAUCGUAACUAUGGUUCUCACGCGUUUGUAUAAGGUCACUAUGAACACUGUCAACACGUACCUUGGUCUUAUACGCGAGGUCUUUGAUGCAGAAAUUGCGUUGAACGCAAUAAACGAAGAGUGCAAGUUGCCUAGUUACUUAUACGAUGGUGUUAUCGAGAAUUACAAUCAUCAAAGAGCAGAUGAGCGCGAUGGUGAGUUGGAGAAUUCCACACACAUUCUCUCUAAAUCCAAGAAGAGGCAAAAAGUUCUCCAUCGUGAAAGCUCUUCUAGGUAUGUUGUUCUCGCUAGUCGCUCUAAGCCCUCGCAUCCUGGUGAUUUGCUCUCAUCAGUACCUCUUUCAAGAACUUCAGAUUACGGUAAGUUGCAGAAUUCAUCAAUGUCAGAUGAAAGUGGAACAUUGACUAGCUGGGAUAGUCAGAGGCAUCCAAACCCGAAUGAGAUCUCGAAGUAUCGCGUGUCACCGGUUUUGAAAAAAUCAAGUUUAACAAGAAAGGAGAACAUACGCAAUAGAUCUUUUUCUGAUGAAAGGGAAGAGACGGAAGAAACUUCUUUACGUAUUGCUAUUGUCGAGAACUUAUUUAAACUUUUGGGCAUUGAUGAGAAUUCCUCGCAAUUGAAUAUGUCCGGUGUUGCGAAUGGCCAAAUAUCUGCAGAUUCUUCUAUGGUCGGGCUUUCCUCGUUGAUGAGCGAUCACUCUUUACCCGUGAGUAUCGAGAGGAACAUCUUUGAUGCCGGUAAAGAAAGAUCAUCAUCGUUUUCCUCUCCAUACUUGGGGUACCGAACCUCAUUAUCUCACAAUUCUCAGAAGUUUUAUAACACUAUUCAUCACUCAUCGAAGACAGAUCAAUCAGAAGCUAAUGGAUUAAGCGCUUCUGACAGACCUCCUUCAUCUUCCGAGGUGAACUUCUCCACUGUCAAGAAUGCCUUCAGCAAACAUAUUGAGGUGAAGUACUACAAACCGGGCCAUGUUAUUGUUCAGCAAAACGAGCCUAGUCCUGGCCUAUUCUACGUGAUUCACGGCGGUUUGGACAUUAUUCAUGACUCUCACAAAGACAAUAAGUAUGAGUCUGUGAGCAAGCGCCUUUACUCUGUGAAGCCAGGAGGUCUUGCCGGGUACCUCAGUUCUAUUGUGGGCAUUCGCUCAUUGGUCUCCAUCAAAUCAUCAAAAGAUGAAGGUGCAAUUGUUGCUCACAUUUCGAAGAAUGACCUCACUCGCUUGACGGAUAAGUUUUAUUUCCUUCAACUUCCGGUUGCGGCAAAGCUCAAGAGUUUACUUCCAAGCCUUAUUGUAACUAUUGACUUUGCUCUUGAAUGGUGUCACAUACCUGCUGGUGGAGUUUUAUGCUCUCAGGGUGACCUAGCGAACGGGUUUCACGUCGUCCUUAGCGGUCGUUUUAGAGUUGUUAAGAACAAAAAAAUGAAGGUUGAUAACGAUGAUGACGUUCCAAGCGAGAACCUUAUCGACGAAUCGAACGUGCCAAAGCAUCACCAAGAUGAUGAUGAUUUCGAGGUGCUCGGUGAGUACGGGCAUGGCGCAUCCAUUGGUGAGGUUGAGGUGCUUACCGCUUCCAGACGAACAAAUUCUCUCAUUGCUGUUAGAGACUCUGAGACAGCGAGAAUUCCAAGAACAUUAUUCGAAAUGCUCUCAUUGCAGAACCCAUCUAUCAUGGUAAAGGUGUCAAGAAUCGUGGCAAACAGGAGUCUCGAGGCUAGCAAGAGAGAUAGAACAAACACUCUUAUUGCAACAACCUCGAAAAGUUCGUUCGCUGAGAUAAACAAUGACUACAAAACAAUCACCAUAUUGCCAACAACGAAUGGUUUGCCGGUAAGAGAGUUUGCGGAUAAAUUGGUACAUGCUCUCAAGGCUCUUGAUCGUCAUGUUAUCGCUUUGGAUCGAACCUCCACCUUGUCUCACUUGGGUAGACACGCGUUUGAUGAAAGACUUGCUCAACUUAGACUUUCGGGCUACUUUGCAUAUCUUGAAGAGGAGUAUCAGACAGUUGUUUACAUUUGUGACUCUCCAUUGAAGUCGUCAUGGACAUCAACGUGUAUAUCACAAGGUGAUUGCAUACUUCUCUUGGCUGAUGCCGAAGAUUAUGAGACAGCGGCGAAUGUUGGUGAUUAUGAGAGACUCCUCUUAAAACUCAAAACUACUGCCAGAACGGAAUUGUGUUUGCUCCAUCCUGAGCCAUCUGUGUUCCCAGGGUCAACAAGCAUUUGGCUUAAAAACAGAAUAUGGGUUCAGGGUCAUCAUCAUAUCCACAUGGAGGUCAUUAAGCAACAUAACGAGAAGCCUGCUAAGAAGAAGCAGAAUAUGCUUACUGACUUGGCCGUCAAACUCAGUACCAAGGCGAACCCUAACAUAAAGAUGAAGUUUGAGAACGUGAAAUCUAGGGCCAUGAACUCUUUGAUCAAACUCAAUAACCGUGUCAAUAAAGCUGACGAUGUCCCAGUGUUAUACAAGAACGACUUCAUGAGAUUGGCGAGGAUUUUGUCAAAUGAAGCUGUUGGCUUGGUACUUGGUGGCGGAGGUUCGAGGGGUAUUUCCCAUGUAGGCGUUGUGACUGCCCUUGAGAAGCACGGUAUUCCAGUAGACUUGAUCGGAGGUACAUCCAUUGGGUCUUUUGUCGGUGGCUUGUAUGCGAAAGAGAAUAAUAUCGUGUCAAUCUACGGUAUGACGAAAAAAUUCUCAAGAAGAAUUGGAGCAGUGUGGAGGAUGCUCUUCGAUUUAACGUAUCCAGUGACAUCGUACAUCACAGGUCAUGAGUUCAACCGAGGUAUUUGGAAGGUUUUUGGUGUACAUGAGAUUGAGGAUUUUUGGAUUCGUUACUUCUGUAAUUCAACGAACAUCACCAACUCUACAAUGGAAAUCCACGAAAGAGGUUAUGCCUGGCGUUUCAUAAGAGCUUCGAUGUCAUUAGCUGGUCUUCUACCGCCUAUUACCUACAACGGGCUGAUGCUUUUAGACGGUGGGUACCUUGAUAAUCUUCCAGUAAUGGAGAUGAAAGUGAGAGGUGCAAAGCACAUUGUGGCUGUGGAUGUUGGUUCUGUGGAUGACAGAACUCCAAUGAAUUAUGGAGAUACACUUUCGGGGUUCUGGGUUCUCUUCAAUCGCUGGAAUCCAUUUUCCAAGCACCCUGAUGUACCUAACAUGAUGGACAUCCAAUUGCGCUUGGCGUAUGUUGCUAGUGUGAAUGCUCUCGAGGCAGCUAAGAAAAUGCCUGGAAUCAUGUAUCUCAGACCCCCAAUCGACGACUAUGCGACACUAGACUUCAUGAAGUUUGACGAGAUCUACAAUGUGGGAUUGGCGUAUGCUGAUGAAAUCAUCGGCAAGUGGGCAAGAGAAGGCAAAUUGCCCAAAUUUGCAGGUGUUUCAAACUUGAAACUGAAAGAGGGCCAUCCUUCAAAGAGUAUGUUCAGAAGAAACUCUAUUUAA